UCUAAAUGGAGUACUUAUACAAACCCUUCGAUUACUUCAAUAUAAAUCAGAUCUUCCAAUUCUUCAAAUCCUUAUACCUCAAAGACCAAGAAUUUGAACAACUAGAAAGCAGGAUUCCACAGAGCGAAAUGGCUCAUCUUAUUAAGCCAUCUGUUGAUAUUGUGAAGAAGUCAUGCAAUAUUAUUACCAUGAAUGUGAUAUGCGGCACAAUUCUUGCACUCCUAAAUCAAGAAAUGCUUCAAAAGCUAAUUAUGAUCUUUACUGCAACUGGAGUCUUAAUAUGAUUUAAGCAAGUGGAAAAACUAAUAUCUAAAUUUUCUGAGCAUUUACAAAUUGCAAUCUUAAUAUUCAACGGGAUAUCGUAUUUAGCAGCUGCCUUGGUAUUUCCAAUAGAACAUAAGGGCCACUUCAAUGCUUUUAUUUCAAGUGUAUAUAUGUAUCACUUUUAUCUUGCCACUUUGACUCCUUCUAAAAGGAAUAUAACAACUGUGAUCUUUAUUUCAACUGCAAUCAUGCACAUUGCAAUUGGUAUAUACAGGCUAGGUGAAAUAGAUGCAGAUCAUCUCAUCUCAGUUAUAUUAUCCAUUAGAACUUUUGAUCUUGGACUGGAUACCAACCAGACGAGGAUCUCUCAAAUGUACCACAUGAUACUGGACAAUAUUAAACUGGCUAAUGAAAAGCAGAAGGUUGUUCAACAGUUCCCUCACCCAGUUUUAAUUCUUCCUCAAAAAAUAUCUGAAGAUUCCAAAUGAUACUCCAAUGACCAGUUUGAAAGCAAAAUUAAGGCUCUCGACGGAAAGAUACAAAGACUGGAUCGUGUCCAAGUUGCUGUGAAGAAGAAUGGAGAAUUUCAGAAGAAUCGGCAAGAAAUUCUAACACUUCUACAGUAUUUGGAAAAAUUUGAUGACCUAAAACAGAAUCAGUUUAAAGGGGUUAGGAAGAAUACAAUUAUUAGGUGCAAACCAUAUCAGUAUAAAGCUACAUCAAGUAGAAACAAUACUUCCAAUAAUCAAUACGAUAAAAUCAAGAAAAUAAACAGAAACUUCAACAUCAAAUCUCUGAGCAUUGAGUGGAAGGAUGUUCCGUCUGUCAUGCAUGUCUUCAUUGACACCACUGACAUCAUCAAUCUCGAACAAGCCAAGAACAGAAUCAAAAUGCAGAAGAUCAUGUUUGCAAGUGCGAGUCACGAAUUCAGGACUCCACUCAAUGCUAUCAUUAACUCUUUUGAGAUCAUCAAUGUCACCCUCAAGGAGUUCUUGAAAAUGGUAUCCAAAGAUAUUAGUAGGAAUGUUCUCCAAAGCAACCAAGCUACAGAGCACAUAAGCUUGAUUCAAAAGUUUAUCAAAACUGGGUCUACCUCAUCUGUGCUGAUGAUAUCUCUAGUAGAGGACAUUUUAAAUUUGUCCAAAAUUGAUAAUGGAACUUUUACCACCAAGUUUGAGUUCUUCCAAGUUUCAGGGUUGCUCCACGAAGUGCACUCGUUGUUUGAAAUGCAGUGUGAGAGCAAGGGAGUUGACUUGCUCAUUGAGUGUGAUGAUGCCUUACUAAAUUGUGAAGUCAGAACUGACCGUAACAGAAUCAGACAAGUCUUGCUGAACUUGGUGUCGAACUCCUCUAAGUUCACCUUCCGUGGCUUCAUUAAAAUAAUAUCUACAAUGAUGAAAUCUCUAGAUGGCUCAGAUUACUUGGAAUUCAGAGUGCAAGACACUGGAACAGGCAUCAAAGAGCAAGACCAAGAGUGUCUGUUCAAGCUAUUUGGUGUCCUCGAAGAUAAUGAAGAUCUGAAUCCAAACGGAUGUGGACUGGGUCUCACAAUAAGCAAGAAAUAUGUAGAGCUGCUUGGAGGAGAAAUUAGGUGACAAUCAGUAUAUAAAGAAGGAACAGAGAUGAUAUUUACAAUUCUUGUUCAUGAUACUCGAAGGAUUUCCCCCAAUGAAGCUGUAUUAGACAUCAAUGAUGCUAAUCUUCCUCUUAACUUAAUCGAGAGUAUGUCUGGUUCAGAAUUUAAGGUUAAUGAAGAAUAUGAUUCUAAUCUUAGAGCUGUCAAUCAGCUUCAUACAAGCAGGUUUAACAGUUCUAAAUUUCAAAUUUAAUGUAAAUCAGCCUCUUCUGUUUUAUCUUUAAAAUUAUCUUGC